GGGGUCGUGUCGAGGAUGAGAGACUCCAAAUAUUUACCACCUUGGAAAAACUAAAUAUCUUUAUUUCCGAACUGGGCUUCCCUCGCUCCUGUAUAUAUAAAUACUUUUCGACCACGCAUGAGUUUGGGCGGAAUUUGGCAACCGUAAAGAGGAGUAUCUGUACACGUUAAAAAGUCGACAAAAUGUAUUCCUCUGCUGGAGCCACCGAGAUGCUUGAGGGACCCCGUCCCUCAGGGUCAGUAAGCUCUGACCCCCCUGAAUCAGACGCCCCAUCUUCCCCGGUGCCGGAAUACGUGUUCAAGCCACCAUCACGGCCAGAUUUUGGCACCAUGGGCAGGACAAUCAAGCUCCAGGCCAACUUCUUUGAGAUGGAAAUCCCCAAACUGGAGGUCUACCACUAUGACAUCGACAUCAAACCUGAGAAAUGUCCCAGGAGGGUCAAUCGAGAAAUUGUGGAGCACAUGGUCCAGCACUUUAAAACGCAGAUCUUUGGUGAUCGAAAACCAGUGUAUGACGGGAGGAAGAAUCUGUACACUGCCAUGCCCCUGCCCAUCGGCAGAGACAAAGUGGAGCUUGAGGUGACCAUUCCUGGUGAAGGCAAAGACCGCAGCUUCAAAGUUUCCAUCAAGUGGGUGUCCUGCGUUAGCCUGCAAGCUCUGCACGAGGCACUCGCGGGACGACUACCCAGUGUCCCCUUUGAGACCAUUCAAGCCUUGGAUGUGGUCAUGAGACAUUUGCCCUCUAUGAGGUAUACCCCAGUGGGCCGCUCUUUCUUCACUCCCUCAGAGGGGUGUUCAAACCCCCUUGGUGGAGGCAGAGAGGUGUGGUUUGGCUUCCACCAGUCUGUCAGGCCCUCCCUUUGGAAAAUGAUGCUCAAUAUCGACGUUUCGGCCACUGCGUUCUACAAAGCCCAGCCUGUAAUUGAGUUCAUGUGUGAGGUCUUGGAUUUCAAAAGCAUUGAAGAACAACAGAAGCCCUUAACAGACUCUCAAAGAGUGAAGUUUACGAAGGAAAUCAAAGGCCUGAAGGUGGAGAUCACUCAUUGUGGGCAGAUGAAGAGGAAGUACAGAGUGUGCAAUGUGACCAGAAGACCAGCCAGUCAUCAAACGUUCCCCCUGCAGCAGGAGAAUGGCCAAACUAUUGAAUGCACAGUAGCACAGUACUUCAAAGACAAGUACAAGCUCAUCCUGAGAUACCCCCACCUCCCGUGUCUACAGGUGGGACAGGAGCAGAAGCACACCUACCUACCUCUAGAGGUGUGUAACAUAGUGGCAGGACAGCGCUGCAUCAAAAAGCUGACAGACAAUCAGACCUCCACUAUGAUCCGUGCCACAGCCCGAUCAGCACCAGACCGUCAGGAUGAGAUCAGUAAACUGAUGAGAAGUGCCAACUUCAACACUGACCCUUAUGUUCGUGAAUUUGGAGUGAUGGUGAGGGACGAGAUGACAGAAGUGAACGGCCGUGUCCUUCAAGCACCCUCCAUCCUGUAUGGAGGCAGGAACAAAGCAAUAGCCACACCAAUCCAGGGAGUAUGGGACAUGAGGAACAAGCAGUUCCACACUGGCAUUGAGAUCAAAGUGUGGGCCAUUGCUUGCUUUGCACCACAGAGACAGUGCACUGAACUCCUGCUCAAAGCAUUCACAGAUCAGCUUAGGAAGAUCUCCCGGGAUGCAGGGAUGCCCAUCCAGGGUCAACCUUGCUUCUGUAAGUACGCCCAGGGCGCGGACAGCGUGGAGCCCAUGUUUAGGCACCUCAAGUACACAUACCAGGGGCUCCAGCUGGUUGUCGUCAUCCUACCGGGGAAGACACCUGUUUACGCUGAGGUGAAACGUGUUGGAGACACGGUCCUUGGCAUGGCCACACAGUGUGUACAGGUGAAGAAUGUUCAAAAGACGACACCUCAGACCCUCUCCAACCUCUGUCUGAAGAUCAACGUCAAGCUAGGCGGUGUCAACAACAUCUUACUCCCACAGGGCAGGCCGUUGGUGUUCCAGCAGCCUGUGAUAUUCCUCGGCGCAGAUGUGACUCAUCCGCCUGCAGGAGAUGGAAAGAAGCCUUCUAUUGCUGCUGUCGUUGGUAGUAUGGACGCCCAUCCCAGCCGAUACUGUGCCACAGUCCGGGUGCAGCAGCACCGCCAGGAUAUCAUCCAGGACCUGGCCACCAUGGUGCGGGAGCUACUCAUCCAGUUCUACAAGUCCACCCGCUUCAAGCCCACCAGAAUCAUCUACUACCGAGACGGUAUCUCAGAGGGCCAAUUCAACCAGGUUCUUCAGCAUGAGCUGCUGGCGAUCCGUGAGGCCUGCAUCAAGCUAGAGAAGGACUACCAGCCUGGCAUCACCUUUGUGGUUGUGCAGAAGAGACACCACACAAGACUGUUCUGUAUGGACAGGAACGAGAGGGUUGGGAAGAGUGGCAACAUUCCUGCAGGCACCACAGUGGACACCAAAAUCACUCACCCAUCAGAAUUUGACUUCUAUCUUUGCAGUCACGCUGGCAUACAGGGUACCAGCAGGCCGUCUCACUACCAUGUGCUCUGGGACGACAACCACUUCUCUUCAGAUGAACUGCAGGUCCUCACGUACCAGCUCUGCCACACCUACGUGCGCUGCACCCGUUCAGUUUCCAUCCCAGCACCAGCCUACUACGCCCAUUUGGUGGCUUUCCGUGCUCGAUAUCACUUGGUGGACAAAGAGCAUGACAGUGCUGAAGGCAGUCAUACGUCAGGCCAGAGCAACGGGCGCGACCACCAGGCCUUGGCUAAGGCCGUUCAGAUCCACCAGGACACCCUGCGCACCAUGUACUUUGCCUGAUAGCACACAACCCCAGGUUAGCGUGGGUGAGACCCAAUUGAUGGAACACACUACCCCUCGCUGUCUUAGUGUCAGCUGUUGAUAGCAUCAAAGUGGUUUCACAUCAUGAUCUCCCUACCUAACACACCUGUCAGUUACCCAGUAUAUCUACAAUUGUACUUCAGCCCACAUGUGAAAGCCCCUGACCCACCUAAACCAAGCCAGCUAUUAGACUGUAAGAUGCAAAAAGAAUUCCUCUUUCUUUGGUUUUGAGCUGGAAGAGGUUUUAUCUUCAUGUUGUGCGUUAGUGUGUAUUUGUAUUUGUUGUAGGGAAAUGUGGCGCAAAGUGUGAAAGGAAACAGAAACGUGUGUACACCAAUACCCAAAACCUAGCAUUUCUACACUAGUGGGCAGUAUCAUUAUACAGUGGGGUGGUUUAUAAUUUAGAAAAAGCCGUUCACCCUCCUUCUCCUGUUUUUAUUCUGUCUCGGUGCUUUAAAGGCGAAAGCGCCAUCAAAAGAUGGUGGGGGCAUGUUCAUUGUUUAUUUGCCUAAUAAUUUGCUCCUCUGACAAAUAUAUUAUUUAUCAGCCAAUCAAAGCAAAGUGCACUGACCAGAAUGGGUACUUCAAUCAGGACAUAAGUACUUAAUACGUUUAAGGUUGUGAGUGAUUUUCACAUAGGGCACUAUGUGAUGAAAAAAGUGCCAUUUGAGACCACCUUUCUGUUGUCAUUUCUAUGUAAAACUAUGAAUUAUUUGACCCACAUACGCUGGGUUUUCAGUAUUUGUCCUUGAUUGACACUGACAACUAUUUUAUGCCAAAUCUGGGACAACUUACUAAAGAAUUCUUUGCGUCAGAUUUGUUAUCAACCCUUGAACCGACACUUAGUUUAUUCUAGAUGGCUUUUAUUAUUCAGAUAGAGAUUGAAUGAACAGCAAUUUUAUUCUUCCCUGUUUCACGUGUUAGUCUGAACUGAUAAAGUUGCACCAUUAACCGAAUUCCCAUGACGAUAAAUAGCAUAUUGGGACUGGUUCCCAACAAGGAUACCUUUCUGAUGUACUCUGAGCCGCGUUGAUGUAAGACACAUUAUGUAGAAAUCAACACAGGGGAACACAAUGAAUUUUUUUGUUCCCUUCUGUUUUUAUAGUCUAUUUUAAUUUCAAUCAUUUUUGUAAUGAAUAUGCAUGUAGCUGACUCAUGUUUUAGACAUUUAGGCAUUUGUGACAAUUGUUUUUUUUCUUCCUUUUAUACGCAUUAACCCAACUUCUAUUUUUAAUGUAUAUAGCAGCAGAAUAGUGUUUCUGCAGUGUCUUUGUCAGAGCGGGAUAUUUGUGUGGCGUUUUGAUAUCCAGGCAUUCGGUACAGUGGAGUGAAAGGUGCAACAUUUUAGAGUUAAACUAAUCGAAAUUCCCUUAAAAAACUAAAAACUAACAAAAACCAUAUGAUUAUAGUGUAUGCUCCAGGAAUUGAGAGCAGGUGUCGCACAAAAGCUUGAGUUUUAUGCAAUUGACUUUUUGUGAGUCUUUAUACUAUAUAGUAAUGUUGGGAAUAAGGUAUAUUUUGAAUAAGCUUUCAGCAGAGGCUGCUGAAAAUAUAUAGAUUUUUUUUUUUUUUAAACAAUUGGCCCAUAUGUAGUCUAAAUUAACACUGUCUAUUUGUAUAAAGAUUUUAAAUGCAAAUAUUCUCUUGCCUUUUAAGACUGGUAUGGUCUUACUAAUAAUUGUAAACGUUUCCUAACAUCCCACCUAAAUUUUACUACUAAGUUAAGCUGGCGAAUGUUCACUUAGUCUUGAUUGGAGGCAAGUAGUUUAUAUUUUCUAACUAUGCAUCAUUUUUAACCAAGAGAUUUAGUAGUGGGGGUAUCUCACAUGAAUUUGGGUCAUUUAUAGAGGUAGAUAAUCAGGGCUUUUUUUUUUGGUUUAUGUUGUUUUUUAGCAUGUGGCAUUUAAUAGCGUUUCUUAGUGCUUUUCAGAAUCUUCAUACCUUUCUAAGGGAUGAAGUAUAUAUGUGGUCAUUUGUAACAUUGUAGAUUUUAUAGCCUGAAAAUUGGGCGUAUCCUUUGUAACACACAAAUCUUUCUUAGCCAAACAAGAUUACAAACUUUUACAUGAUUAAUAUUCAAAAGACAUGGAAGCACAAAAGGACAUCUUGAUUCUAGGUGCUAGAAGUUUUCACUGUAAACCACCUUAAAUCCUCACUGGACUGGUCCACAAGGCUUUUUACUUGUAUGCUUAAGAAAAAAGAAAAAAAAAAAGAAGGAAAAAAAUCGAUGCUUCAUCAUUUUGAGGAUCUUUCUCUCCCUCUGACGACCUGUCUGUGUUACCCUUUUUACUCAUUACCUGUAAAGCAACUAUAAAUCCGACUGACUGUGUUUGUGGGGCAUUUUGAAAAUCACGUACUUGAUAUUUACUGUUAUGAUGUCAAUAUUGUUCUUAUCGGUGCUGGUCUCACAACAUGUAAAUUUGGAUGCACUUUUGAUAGCAGAACGACGAUUUCUAUAGAUGUGUGUGCCUCGAUCGAAACAGGAGGCUCAGCCAUAUUGUGUGACACUGGUGUAAUUGUAUGGAAAUGGCCGUGUGUUCUACCUCUUGUUACCUGUUUAAGUGUUAUGGUAACAUCACACUGCGGGCCAUUUCUGUAUAAUUACCCCUGCUAUCUGUCUAAUUGGCAUUGUUUGGAGUCUUGCAUUGACGGCAUAAAUUUUAGACGCUUUGUAUGCAUGAUGAUGGUGAACACGCUUUCUCAGUUUAUAUGUAGUUGUGUGAUUUUUCAUAGUUUUACUCAAACUGAUGUCAAGAGUGAAUGUGUGUUUGGUUUUUUUUUGUAGGGGUUUUGAGUGUUGAGCUGUACGACCAAAUUCUUGAAGUGUGUUUUUAUUCACACGCAGCUUUCCCUUCUUUCUUUCCUUUUUAUUCUAUGCACCAAUGAAACAACCAUUUUAUCUUUUGACAACUAGAUUUUUUCCCACCCUAGAACUACAACAACAAAUGAAAAGCCCACAUCAGGUAUGAUCAUUGCAUAUCCUUUAACCUGGAUGAAUUUGUACCCUAGCGUUGCCGUUAGGUCGACUGUUAAUGAAAGUUGCUUGCAAGAUUAAAACGAUACAAAGAGAACAACCCCGUCAGCCUGGAAAAUAUCAAACUGAUAUUGAAAUAGAUGUUUGUAAAACAGCAAAGCCUCUAAUCACUUUAACUUCAUCAUGAAACGUAUUGUUCCCGUGUGUAAUUGUGCAUUUAUAUCUGUCAUUCUACUUCAAGUGUGGCUGGAUGAGAGCAAAUGACUCAAUGUGUUGAUGAAGAUUGAUCAAUGAGGCUUGUCGUUGGUUCUGUGCUCGGAAGAUUGAACGUCUUUGUGUCUGUGUGACUGCAGGCAUUCGUAAUGCCACAAACAUCCAUAUUCGUCAUUUAUUUGAAUGUUCAGUGUUGGGAUUGUUUCUCAAAGGGAUGCCUUGGUAUGUGGUAUUUUAGUGGGAAGCUAAUAUUUCUGUGGGCAAAAUGUUCCCGUUUUCUGACACUCAGUUUCCACAUGAUGUAAUACGUCUCCUUAAUAAUAACCUGCUAAAAUUUAAAAACAUCAUAGUCUCUUUUUAGCAGACGGGUUUGUACUUGUUGUUACUGCUUCUUUGUGUUUUACGUUACCUGUACCAGCACCUUAGAAUACCAGAUCAGAAUGGCAUUGCUUUUCCUGGAAACAAAACUCAAAACAUUUUACAAUGUUGUUUUUGCACUAAACAAGAAUGGACUUUGUAGCUGUUGCAGCAUUAAGAGUAUUUAUCAGGUGACAGAAAUGGCAGCCUCUUUUUUGUUUUAAUUUAGAAAGGAGCAGUUGGCUUCGGUGGCCUUCCAAGAAUACAACUUGACACGUGUAGCCAGCAGGCCCAAGAGCCUCAGCGUGUGCUCAGUAUAGCCACGCCUGCUGAUCAGGAGGGACUCCACCAAGCCAACCAGCAUCCAAGUUUGGUUUUUUUUUGUUUUUUUUCCCAGAAAUAUCCUGAUGCCUUUUUAAACGAUGAACGAGUGAAACUUGUAGUUGCGCCGGGUGGGUUGCCUUUUGUUUUUAGUGGCAAGGGAGAAAGGUGCUUUAUGCAAAACAAACUGACAGCUGUUAAAAUGAACUGAUUCGCUGAUGAUGAGGUUUAUGUGAUUGACGUCGCUUGUCGCAGAUGUGAUGCCAAAGUGCUGUGUGAGGACAAAGUGUGUAGGAAGGUUUUACAUGGUCAUAGUCCCUGUUCAAGACUGCAAUGUGCAUAGAAAAAUCAUGCUAAAAUAACCACAGACUAUACAUAUCAAUAUACGGAAGAGGUGUUUACUUUUUUACAUAAAUCUGCCUGAUAAUAAUGCGCUAAAUCAAGAAUGUGUAUAAAACAAAUACUGAAAAUAAGUACAGCAGCCUGGAUAAAUUUGGCACUAAUUUACUAGUUUAUUGGUGCCCAAGGUGCUUAGUCAGGCAUUCAAAACAUGUGGCGGGGACCAUCAUGAAAUUAUAAAAUACGUUCUCCGACUCUUAAAUUAAAUGCACAUACUCACCUCAGUUUGGCUGUUUUUCUGUGUCUUUUGGAGCGGCCAAAACUAGGACAAAGCAAGUUCUAGAAAUGGCCGGUUUGUAAACUAAAUGGCAUAUCAUAAGCUAAGUUAAUUGAUCUAUUAAUUUUUAUUUUCAUGAUAGCGGGUUUUCUUCUUUUUGUAGGUAUGUUUUUAAAUUUACCGUUGGAAGAGGCUGAGAUUAAAUUGCUCCAAGUGUAACGAUCAGCCUCUUCACUUUUUCAGCAGACUUUGCUGGCUUUUGAAUGGUCUUGGAAUUAAAAGAAAACAGAUUUCAAAUAAAGAAAAAACCUAUAUCAAUUUAUUCCAAACUCUCUGUACAGUAAUGUUUUUCCUCUCUGCCUCUCAUCCGUCUCUUGUAGAGAAACUUAUUUCUGACAUAAAGAAACCUCUUGUAGAGUAGACCUAUUUUCCUAGAUCCAAAUAACAAUGAAUGUACUUAGAGCCUGCAUGGUUUGAUAUAGUGUAUAGGCUAUCCAUCCAGUACAUUUAUACUCGUGUUUGCUACUUGUGUACAGCCUUUUCUUUUCUGGGUGUUUCUCUCUUAUUUAUAGGAUUAAUUAAUGACAAAGUAUUAUGUUUUCUUUUAUUAAGCUCAUUAAUUAGAUAUCGCCCACAUCACAGCUGAUAUUAAUGAUCUUUUCACUGAUUAACAUGAAAUACAAGUCUUCAGUUGUUACAGAUGUCUUUCUCUGGAUGUCAGCGACUCUAGUUUUAGUAGACAAACGUUUCACACUGGUGCAAAGAGUAGUAAUAAUUUUGUUUUGUUCUGGCGUCAUGCUUGUGUGAGAUGCUGUAACAUAAGAGCUGUAUGUGUAUAUAUGCUGGUUGCUUUGGUGUGAUCUUGUUUGCUGUUAGAUUUUAUUUUUAUUUUUUGCUUCCGCUUAAGUCCUCAGUCUGAUAUUCCUGUCCAGUCCUCGCAGAGUUGUCCUGUAUAAAUCCAAAAAUCCUCCCUAAGUAGAGUCCCAUAACUCAUCUGUACCGUGCCACUUGAAACUGAAAAAUCUCUGUUUUUUACAUGGCACUCUGUUGGCUUCAUUCCUAGAAAAACCUUUCUGAAACAUCACUUGGUCCUUGAAAGUUAGCCUUGAUCAUGCCGUUGUCCACCCAGUUACCUGAAGCCAUGUGAUACCGGUUUGGUUUUUGCAGUUUAAACUUGCCUAUAUUGUUGUUUGCAGCUACAAAUUCAAAAGGGGUACUGGGCAGACCUGAGGGGAAUAACUAUUAACCUCUCAUGUCCACUUGAUGCAGCUAUGUCCCAUUUUGGAGGAGUGCCAUCUCCGUCAUGUUUUUUUGUUCACGGUUUCAGUGUCUCCUGGAGGCUUUUAAGCAGUCUUCAAGCAGUCUGUUCUUCACUAUUCACAUUUCCAAUAUUGAUUGGAGUUGUUCUGCCCACAUUUUAAGCCAUGCUACCAGUGUGGGUCUGAAGAUAAUGACACUGACGAUCUGAUGGUAAAUCCGUUAGUUUGGUACCAAAACAUCUAAUAGAUGGAUAGGCAUAACAUUUUGUACAGACAAUUAUGUUCACUAGAGGAUGAAUCCUAGUGACCCCUGCCUCAGGAUUUAUGACCAAAUGGCUAUCCUAGAAACUAACGACAUUCCCAUCAGCUUCAGUUAUUCUUAGCUUUUUUUUUUGCUAAUUAGCAGAUGUUAGCAUGCUAACACGUGAAACUGAGAUGGAAAAUAUUAAUUGUAACAGCUGAACAUCAGCACGGGCUAAAAUUGCAACUGGUCAUCUCUGGAAGCCGGGACGGAGCCAGAAUGUAACUGCUGCAUCUGGUGGACAUUGAAGGUUGGGGCCUGUGGCUGUUGUAAAUCUGACCGAACUGUUACGGAGCUUCACCAAACCAAACCGAUGCCAUCCAGCUGAUCUACAUGCAUCCAAUCGUGCAAGACUUGUGUGGGUAUUUUUGUAUAUUUCAAAGUAUUUCUAGUCCUCAGAAUGACUUGGCUUUGUAUUUACCAACUUGGAAAAAACUACCUCAGAGCAGUGUCCGGUGCUAGCUAAUAUUAGCCCUAAUUUAUAAUAAUGGUAACAAAAUCAAAAAUUGUAGUGACCAAACCAAUACAAGCCAAUAUUGUGUGAAAGCACAGGUCUUUUUUUUUUUUAACCUUAAUAAAUGGAAAACCAAGUAAUCAUGUAUGACUGGUUGGUUGCUUUAGUUGGUUACACUUAAGGGACCACAUUUUUUGUAAUCGGGAGGUCAAGUCUAAUUGUUUCGUGCAAGUCCUUCAUUUUUAAAAAGACAAAAACAACCCAGCGCGUUAAAUAAACUGUAAUCAUGACUGGAUCACAUGUUGAAAAAUGUGCCAUCGUAAUUGCUAAUCCAAUAUGACAGUGUGUUAAAUAUUCCAGCAAAAAGUUGGUGAUAUUGAGCCAUGUUUGUAGUGGCGUUAAAAGGCUCGAUGGAUAGAUGUAUGCACAGCAAUAAUGUCAGCAUGUGGGCUGUGAAUCGUAGGUAAUUAUUUGUUCGUUAUUACGCUGGUCAAGGCAACUCUCAAUUAACAGCAGACUUAAUUUAGCAGGACGAUACUUUGCAAAUGGGUAGAUCGACAGAUAAUCUUUGUCUCGAUACCUGUAACCAGCUUUUUCUGUUUUUGUUUACCCGGAUUGUUAAAAUAUCAAGGUUUCAUACUGGAUAGAGCCACUCUUCGUGAUCAAACACCGACAUUUCUCUGCCGUGUUAACCCAGUACUGCAAUACAAUCAGGGAGGAUGUCCCUGUCUCUUACUCAGUUCAUUUUCCACUUUCCUACCAUUAGCCGGACACCAUUUGUGUUGAGGGUAUAAGCAGUAGUGUGCAUGUGACAAUUUACAAAGGGAAUACACAGAUUUGAACAUACUUUACGAUGUAUCAAAUCAUUGUAAAUUUCAACAAAAGGUACAUAUGAGGUCGUGUGGCAAUGAACUUCAGAUUGUUGUCAUUUUGUCUCAACAGAAAACAUCCAGCAUGUUUGUAGUCGUUUUAUGUGUGCCUUUUUGUCGGAUCUUUCUCUUCUCCAUCUGCCCUUACUUUUGGGUUUUAAGUAAUUUUUUUCCGCAUUAAGGUUUGACAAAAUCUGCCGCGCCACAUAAAAGUAAUUUCCAUUUUUAAUCAUCAUGCAACCUUUGCGUGUAGAUGCUGCAUAGAACGAUCAGUAUUUGUGUUUUGCACUUUCCAAGCAGUCUCAAAAAAAAAUCGCCCACUUGAAGUUGGGCAGAAAGUAAAAAAUAACUGACGAGGUAUUUUAUGCUAUCAAUAGGAAUUAUAAGGAAUAAUAUGACUUUGAAGAGCUUUUCUAAAAAGGUUGAGAUAUAUAUCUAUAUAUAUAUAUAUUCAUGAAGUACCUCAUAAGCCUGAUAUAUGCUGCAUUGACUUGUUUUUUCUUUAGUGUACUUCAUAUUGUCCAAUAAAAAUCUAAUUUUCCCCUUUGGGAGGUUUGAAUGUCACUGCAGGCUGUGCAAAUGCCACAACCAGUUAAUCUGAUAGUUCUGUUGUAACAAAGGAGCUGUUGCACCUUGUGGCCAAAUCAUAACUUGUCAUUUAUGCAAUUUAUACACAGUCUCAUCUGAAUAUUUCUCAGCUGUGGCCACACCAUUUGUAUUCUGUCUUUUUGUUUUUGCAUAUUCUCUGUGUCUGUGUAGCCAAAAAAUUAUCAGGUUUAGUUGACGAAGAGUUGCACCAAGCAUCCUGCGAGGCUCUGUGGUAUAAUAUAUAUAUAUAUAAAUGACUGUUGACUCAGGUAUUGCCGCGAAAGGGCUAUAUCUGCUUACUGUGUCCCUGCUCCAACUCCUCCCGCACCUUUGUCUUAAAAUAGCCUUAGAUCUACACGAGAGGUUCCUAUUUGGCCUUAAAAAGUUGAACAAAUUAUGCACUACAAUUUCACAGACUUGACAGAGAGCUUGAUUCCCGUUCCAACCCUGUUUUUUGUUUUUGUUUUUUUAAGAGUUUGUGUCGUGUCAUUGCCAUGUUAUCUACCUCCUAUGAAUGUAGGGGCUGUCCUGGAGAUGUAGUCGACUGCAAAACUUUUUUGAUUUUCAUGCUCGUUUAAGGAAAACAGACAAUCAUCUGUAGAUUCUUGAAAAAUAUCAAAUAUAUUCCCCUGUUCAGUCAUAGAGCUGAUUCCAGGACACUCCAUUUUUCUUGAUGUUUUUUCCCUCAUUGGCCAUUUUCAUUUUAUACUUCGUGAUUUUUUUUUUUUUUCGUUGUUAGCCAUGAUGGAGAAGCAAAGUGACCAAAGUCUCUUGGCAAAGGCAGCCCUGCACAGCCUCGUGAAUUCAAACCUCCCUUUAUUUGUGUCAUGAUGAGCUCAGUUAUGAGUUUUUGUUUUAUUAUUUUUUUUCCUCUUUCUCUUUUUUCUCUUCUCCCUUAUUUAAACCACGACAUGCCAAAACUGAAUUUGCUGUCAUUCCUGUUCUGGUGAGGGUCUUUAUGUUGCUGAUUUUAAUUUGUUCACAUCCACUGCUAAGCUCCUUGUUCUUGUUGUUGUAAAGUUGUAAGCUUUGAUUUCUAUUUUACAUUUCCUUAUUUUUUUGUUAACAAUUAUGCUUACAGAACACAAGAUAUGCUGUAAACCCUGUUAGGACAUAAUGUGAAUACGUAUCACUUAAUAUAGUUCACUCUUUUGGCUUGACUGUAAGUUGCGUUAAUUAAUAAAAAUGUUUAAAAAGUU